CAGCAGUUUAACAGUGAGAAGAAAUGUGCUACCAACGCACGCUGGGGCCGUUACUGCGGUCGCUGUGUUGGAAAACUGGGAGAGGAAUAAUGCUGUGCUGAGAACAACAAGAGAUAGGUCAGAAGUGGUGGAAGAGGACGGUCAUGUGGUGUUGGAGAAAACAGAGGCACGGACAUCGGAAUGCCACAGGCUUUCUCACUGCUGCCCUUCCUGCUGGCGCUCAUGGGAUAUGCUUUUGCAGGGCUCAAUAUCUGGCCCUCCUUCCACGUUGCCCUUAGCAACGCCAGUGUAUUUGUGGACUUCAGCACUAAAUCUAACAGCAGCACCAUCCGCAGCACUAGCCUCUCUCUGGUCAACACGGAAACCAACACCACCCUUCUGACCAGGACUCUCCCCAGCAACCAAUCGGCCGGUAGGGUGGAGUUCAACUGCUCUUGCUUCCUGUACGCAGGAACUUUCCGGUUCCUGCUGAGGCAGACCAGCAUCUCUACUGUUUCUCAUGCUAAUGGCACAGAUGAGAGUAGCACGGAGAGCACUGUCUGGUGGUGGAGUUCAGAACUGCAGGUGCAGUGGCCCACCUUUCACAUUGCUGUGGAGAGGGCUGGAAACCACUCGGGAUCUUUUCAGGUUGGGAUAUCCACUAAUGAACACUUUCAGGCUUGCUCCAGCGGCAUUGACUCUGCCCUCUUCCUAGAGGUCAGCUACAUGGAGUACAACCAGAUAGGGCGAAACAGCAUUGACAAGGUCCGAGCUCGCACACGACACCCGAUCAAACCCCUCCGUUCUCAGAGUGUUGAGCUGUCCUGCGCCUUCCCCUUCACAGAAAGAGACUUCAUACGAGUGGCUCUGCGGUCUCCACAUGCAACACAGGAUGUGAAGAGCUCUGGAGCGCUCUACCUGUCCCGUAUCUUCUCCUAUAAGCUGCUGGUGGAGAACAGCAAUGCUUACAAGAGUGGUUGUGAAGGAACGAUGACUGUUAAACUGAUAACCCCACCUUGUGCUCACGUCAAUGGGAAAGUGUUGCUGUAUAAGGAAGCAGGUGUUGGAAGAGGGGUUGCUGUUUCCUCUGAGAUGGGAGCAGGUGGAACAACACUGAUGGGGUUUGGACCAGAGGGGCCCUCUUCUCCUCCGUUGGCCUUCAACUGGCUGACGCAGGGAGAGAAUGAGACAGAAUUCAACUGCUCUGUGUUCUACCCAGGGAGAAAUAAGUACUGCUUUCGCUUUGUUUUCAACUUCAGUCGCUCCCCUAGUCCUGCACAAACCUGUUUGGUGGUUCACAGGAGUGCAGAGUCAUGGGGCCCGUGGCAGCCAUGGAGCGUGUGCAGUGUGAGCUGUGGAGAGGGGGUUAGGGAACGUGUGCGUGAAUGUAUGCUGCCCUCAGGUGUGGGAGGGAGGCAGUGCACUGGUAUGGUGAAGGAACAGUCCCUCUGCUCACUGGAGGAUUGUGUCAUGUUGCCUGCACCUUCCCCAUCCCUCCCCCCUGUACAAGUCGGAGUUGCACCCCUAGGUGGUAACAUGGUCGUGGUGGUUGGUAUCUCCCUUUGCCUGGCUGUGAUUCUGGUUACUGUUGUGGUGACUGUGUGGAGAAAGCUUUGCCAGACACCUCAGUGCAGCUCUGUCCGCAGAGGCUCCAUGCAUUCCCCUGGAGGACGCAAGCUCUCUGAUGAGGCCUCCAUUUGCAGCCACAGCCUCCAGAGACCAAGCCUCUCCGACGGCCAUGGCCCACUGGGUGUGGGUGUAGCCCAGAAAGACACUCCUAUCUUGGGCAGUCAGCCUCUCUCACAGUCCUUGUCUAUACCUGUCUCAGAGGACCCAGAAAGACUGUCCCCCACAGGUCAGAAGAUGCUGCCAACAAUAUUUGGGUACCGACUGGCUCAACAGCAGUUGAAAGAAAUGAAGAAGAAAGGGUUAAAGGAGGCCACACAGCUGUACCAUGUCUCUUCAAGCCCAGUCCAUGACACCCUGUUAGAGACAUCUGCUUCUCCCACCAACUCCCAAAUCCCCACACCAACUGGAUUCACUCAUCCCGCACUCCCUUUGGGUCUCAAGGACGACACCAACCACAACAAUUUUCAUAUAGCGGCUCCCUUGUCUGAGCAAGCAGCGCAGACUUCUAGGAUCACGCCAGACAGACUGAGCCCCAGAGUGGAGCUGGUCUUAGGUCCUCUGGUCUCUGCUCAUGCAAGUGGGGGCAGCUCAAGAUGGCGUGAACGCACGGCUGACUGGGUGGAAAUGGUGGAGAGGAGCGGGUUAGCAGGUCUCAGAGGAGGAGGAGAUUCGGGAAUGGGAAACUCCUUUCAUAAGAAUCCAAAUUUCCGCCGCACCUCCAGUUUUAAUGACACAAAACCCCAGCCUCCAUCUUCUGCAUACUCCAGACAGUUCAGAGAAAGGAGCAUGACCCAGGUGGGAUCUCGCACCCUUCCUGAAGGAAGUUGUUGGACCAAAGGAGGAUGGGAGAGGCAGCCAUACCACUCUUACCCCAUUCCAGAGCAUGGGGCCCCAGAGUGGGCUAAAUCCAGACCUCAGAGAAAUGACCAAAGGAAGCCCUGGAUAGAGACAGCUGUUCCCUCUCACACUGGUGAACUCAAACACACAGGAACCAACACAAACAACAUUUCAGCAUAUGCAAAACACGCCAAAGGAGACCUCAGUAGCACUGGGGAAAGGCAAAGGAGUGGUGAGACAGGAGGUGGAGAAGGAGUCUCGGGGAUUGGGGGUCCAGCCACGGGGCUCGCCAGCCUGAGUGCCGAUCGUGCAGAGCGGGCCGAGCAGAACUGGAACCGCCGUGGCCCAUCGCCUAUCCAGAGGAACAUCCUGGCCCGGAAAUUAAAGGAGGCUCAGUCCUACUCUGGGGUCAAGGGGCGGCAGCGCAGCUCCACCUUUAGCGUAUUGUCUGCGGAGCAGAGGAAAGGUCGGUGCCGCUCUCUGCCCAUGUCCGGAGACUACAGCAGCAGUGGCGGCUCACCCUACAGGCUGAGUGAGGCAGAGCAGAGGAUGCUGGACCUAGAUCUGUCCUCAAAUGUAGGCGAGGAGGAGUAGAUCACACAGGCUUGCUGCACUACAGCAGUACAUCCUCAACCUACAGUAAAUCCUCUCUGCUGCAUCUGUGACUUUAACCUCAUCAUAACACAAACACACAUAUCAGUGAUGAAGAUUGUAUUGUAUUUUGAAGAUUUAGGGACCUUGAGAGCUUUUUCCUAAAAUAUAUUUUAAAAGAGUUUCUGUCUUAACGAAAUGUUUUCUAUUGCAUUUUUAUUGUAUUUGUAUUAAUAUUUCAAUUUUUGAUCAGCAUUAUAAUUGAACAUCAUUUUGUCUUGUUCAGAGUAUGACUGGGUUUCUUUGUAUAUCAGCUACUGGUCCAUUAUCUACCAUAAUAAGUCAUUUUUACCACACGGCCUUGUACUUAUGUCACCGUUAAACAUGCCCUAAUGACAGUGUGCAUUUCUGCACUAAUGAAUGUGCUGUUUUUAUAAUGCUGUGAAGUCAAUCUGUACAAUGCUGAGAACCCCUCUCACUAUUUAGGGACAAUUUGUAUGUAUGAUGUAAGCAAUAUCUCACAUUUUUAAUGUAUUUUCUGCAAAAUGCACAGGUUGGAGCAAUAGCAUACAGUUGUAAGUAUGUUUUAGAGCAGUCAAAUAUGAACAUCAGUGAGGCAUUGUGGCUGAGAUGCUGUUUGUUUUUAUUGAGUAAUAUCAUACACUUUAUAGGAAACAAGUCUUACUGGGAAACAGAAGAUACUGUACUAUCACCAUUUGAU